UGCAGCUGCAGCAGUCCAUCCACAUUAAAUCUGCUCCACCACUUGAUGCCGGUGACCUUGGCGGUGAUUACGCCUUUCACUCUUGUAUUUUUCUUUUCUUUUCACUAUGGCAUCAUCGGACGGGCUGGAUGAGGGUUGCGUGUUGCAGCGCGGAAGAUCUCAGAGUGACCCGAGCAGCAUCACCGAGGUCCGCUUGGGUGAAGCGCACAGAGCAGAUGUGAUGGACCAGCAGAGGGCACUACAUUCAGGUUGCCUGGUCUCAGGGGUUCGUACGCCUCCCGUCCGCCGCAACAGCAAGCUGGCCAGCCUGGGACGCAUCUUCAAACCCUGGAAAUGGAGGAAAAAGAAAAACGAGAAGCUGAAGCCUUCUGCAACGGUGGAAAAGAAGGCAGCUGUGCGACAGAAGAGAGAUGACCUCGUCAGGAGGAACCCCAGAGAGACUGAGACAGAGUCAGAUGUUGCUUGUGGGGGCAACAGUGAAGAUCCAGACACGCCGCCUCAGUCUGAUGCUGAGGACAGAGACGAGGAGGCCGUGGCCCCGCUGGCCAGCACUAGUGAAGAUCUGGGCAGCGAUCUGGAGGCCUCCACAGUACAAGAUGUGACAGAAGAUUCAAAGACAGUGGGAGAACCCAGUCAGAGUGAAGAUGGAGAAGAUGAAAGCACGUCACUGAGCGACCCCAGUGACGAGCAGCCGCCGGGGAAGGUGGAGGCUGUCGAAGGGAAACAGGAGGUGACGGCGGCCCCGCCCGUACGUGCCAGAAUAUCUCCUCCACCUAAGCCACCAGUCAAACUGCUCACCAGAAUGGGAAGCCUCGACUGUGCCCCUUCAGUGCCUGUGAAGAAGUCCCCAGCCACCUUACCCAGGAACUUCACUCUCCCCAAAGACCCUCAUGGCUCCCUGCUGAGAGGCCGGAUCUCCACACCCACUGGGUCCCCCCACCUUGCGGCACUGCACUCACAGCUGCCCCCUAGCUGCAUCAUUGAAGAACUGCACCGCGCCCUGGCCACCAAACACAGACAGGACAGUUUCCAGACGAAGGAGUCACGCUCGUCUUUUAAACGCCGGCUGGAUGGCCGUCUGUCCCGCACGUCCAGCACCGAGAGGGAGCCUGCCAGGGAGCCGGAGAGCAAGAAGGAGUCUGACGAGAACAAAGAGAACUGGCGUCUGGACGAAUACUUGAACGACCCGGACAGCUGGAACGAGUCUGUCAUCUCCGGGACGCUCCCACGCAGGGUGAGGAAGGAGUUGCUGGCUGUGAAGCUUCGGAACCGACCCAGCAAGCAGGAGCUGGAGGACCGCAACAUCUUCCCUGUGCGCAGUGACCAGGAGCGGCAGGAAAUUCGGCAGCAGAUUGAGCUGAAGCUGGCCAAGAGACUGAGCCAGAGGCCGGCGGUGGAGGAGCUGGAGAGUCGGAACAUCUUAAAGCAAAGAAAUGACCAGACCGAACAGGAGGAGAGGAGGGAAAUCAAACAGCGUCUGAACAGAAAGCUGAACCAGCGACCGACAGUGGACGAACUGCGGGACAGAAAGAUCCUCAUUCGUUUCAGUGACUAUGUGGAAGUUGCCAAAGCUCAGGACUACGACAGGCGAGCUGACAAGCCCUGGACCCGACUGUCAGCUGCUGACAAGGCAGCGAUACGGAAGGAGCUGAACGAGUUCAAAAGUAACGAGAUGGAAGUUCAUACUUCGAGCAAGCAUCUGACGAGGUUCCACCGGCCAUAGCAAGGUUUCUUCUGUGAAGAGUUGCUGAUAUCUGGUUCUGUCAGUGAAGGCCUUGCACGCAGUCUUCCAGCGCCCUGGCCCACAGUUAGUGGGCGUCCUGGUAUUUGUUUCCAGUGAAGAUUGGAGGCUAUGUCUCUGGAAAUGGAGCUGCUGGUGGAUGGGGAGCUCCACUUCUGCUCAGAGGAACAUCUCCUGAACCCUCCCUUCACCUUGUCAGAGGAGCGAGGAGAGUCAAGGUCAUGCGUUCGCCAUAGACAAGCAGAGACUUCUUUUUGUAAACAGACUCUUUUGAAAGACGUCCUUUUUGAUGCCACAGGGGGGAAAUAUGCAUGUGACCGAGUCGAGCAGUCCCACUCCAGUAUUAGUCGUCACUUACCCGAGCUGCAUCUGAGUCCCACUGAUUCAGGUGGAGAUGCGUUUCAUAUCAACAGUAUAAACAGAAACCUUGUCUGUGUAAAAGACAAAAUUCCCUUUGUAAGCGCUAUUUAUUGUCUGCACAAUACAGGUUUUCAAUUUCUAACAAACUCUGUUUGUCUCGUGU